CUUCUCUCAGACAGUGCUGGAGCGGAUCUGCUAGAGCUCGCCAACGAGCCACGCUCAGUCCCUUUCUUUCUGUACGGUUUUGGGAAAUUUUAUAUCGUCUCAUCAAUCACUAUGCUGAGCACGUUCAGCCGGCAACUCAGAAGCCACCCUGCCUUGAUCCCACUGUUUAUUUUCAUUGGCGGUGGAUGCACCAUGUCUCUGACAUAUCUGGGUCGCCUGGCCUUGCGUAACCCAGAUGUCUGCUGGGACAAAAAGAACAACCCAGAGCCCUGGAAUAAACUAGGGCCCAAUGAUCAGUACAAGUUCUAUGCAGUGAGCACGGACUACAGCAAGCUGAAGAAGGACCGUCCUGACUUCUAAACGAAUCCAGGGAAUCCAGACGCCCGGUGCUGGACCAAAGGUUUAAAAACAAACUAAAAAACAAGACGUCCGCACACUUUUCCUCAACAGCCCUGGUUCCUAAUUUAUGCAAAGAAGACUAAAUUGCACAAUCUUGUCUUUGCUUUCCUGGAUCCCCUUUUAACAUCUAUGAUGUCUCUUGUAUUUUCUCUCAGUUCUUUGUAGUCAAAAACUAUUAGUAAAGGGUUUUCUCCCACAUACAGUGAAAAACCA